AUGAUAAAAAAAAAUAAUAAACAUAAUGUAAUAAUAACAAUUCAACAAUUUAUUUUUUCUUCACAUUACAAUGGUGAAAGUGAAUAUGACAACAAAGAUAAAUAUAAUAAUGAAGACGAUUAUAGCAAUAAAGAUGAAGACGGAAACGAAUAUGACAACAAAAAUGAUGAUAAUAAAAGUGGCGAAGAUGGUAACGAAUAUGAUGACAAAAAGAUACUGAAAACAUCAAUGAAAGCACCACUGGAGGCACCAACAGAAGCACCAACAGAGGCACAAACGGAGGCACAAAUGAAGGCACCAAUUAAAGUACAAGCAAAAGGGCAUAUUGGUGUUAAUGAUGAUUUCAAACAAGAUACCACUAAAGAUACCAAUGGGAAAUAA